UGAGUUCCUUGUGUCACGUGACAGAUGGUUUGAAAAUAUGGCGGAAAUGCACCGUCAUAGUGACAAGCGUCCAUGAUAUUAUUGUGUUGCUGAUCGACUACUCGUUCGUCUUCCUUGCUGUUGUCAGUUUUACUGAAUGCCAAUACACAUUAGACUUGGUAGGUUGUAACAUACUGCUUGUGGGGUCUUGCCAAAGCCUGAGAAAUGGAAUCCUGUUGGCAGGAUCUGGAGGGGGAGGGGCAGGAGGAGGAGGAGGAGGAAACAGAAGAGGAUUGGCUGGCUCCUGUGGAUGGCAGGGAGGCUCAAGAGCACCAUCACACACAAGGAUCGGAACCUUCAACUGAGUCAUUUUCAAGUCCUGGUACUUCAGUGACAAGUGAGAGAGCCAGCAGUGCUGGUACUUCUGCAGAGGGCACAGCCAUCAUGACACGCAUGGAGCUGAACACCUUCAAGGCAGGCAUGGAGGGGCUAGACAAGGAGAAGAUCAACAAAAUCAUCAUGGAAGCAUCAAAGGGCUCAAGGUUCUAUGAGAAUGAGAUGCGGAAAGAGAAGCAGAUGGCCCAGAGGAUAUCUGCCAUGAUGGACAGACUGGCUUCCAUCACACCACAGCAGCAGAAGGAGGCUCAACUUCAGGUGGACAAGAUGGUGGAAGACCUUGUGGAAGGAAGAGACCUGUCUCGUACUAUAGUGCACCUUGACAUGGACGCCUUCUAUGCUGCAGUAGAGAUGAGGGACAACCCUGCACUGAGGGACAAACCUAUGGCUGUGGGAGGCAUUGGGAUGCUGUCCACUUCCAACUACCUGGCCAGGAAGUACGGUGUACGAGCCGCCAUGCCAGGAUUCAUAGGGAAGAAGCUCUGUCCCGACCUGAUCAUCGUUCCGACCAACUUCGACAAGUACCGCGCCGUCAGCAGACAGGUCAGGGACGUUCUCGGGCAGUACGACCCAAACUUCGCCCCCAUGAGCCUGGAUGACGCUUACAUGGACCUGACUGAUUAUCUAAAACUGAGGGAGUCGCUACCUGAAGAAAUGAGAACGUUUUAUGCCCACGUAGAAGGGUGCGUAUCUAAGAGGGAUUCUCAAACAGAGAAUCAAAAUAAAGACGACAUGUUAGGAAAGACACAGGCUGAUGAGAAAAUGCCUGAAACUUCUGUAAGUUGUACUGCAAACAAUGACGAGGUUAGUCCGGAAAAAAGCAAAGUGACGCAAUGUCAUGAUGGCAAUGCCUCUACCCAGAGUUGUGGAUCAGAAGAAAUACAAGAAGUCUACAAACAGUCAACUGAAGACGUCAAAGAAAUGGAAGAACCUCUUAGUGUAAGAGAAGAUUGUAAACGUCACUGUGAGACUGUGGGGUGUAAAAAGGUAGUGUUUGGCUGUGAUGCUGAGGAAGUUGUGAGAGAAAUCCGCUUCAGGAUAGAGCAGAGGACACGUCUUACAGCCAGUGCAGGUAUAGCUCCCAACAUGAUGUUGGCUAAGGUGUGCUCAGACCAGAACAAGCCCAACGGUCAGUUCUGUAUCCCGUCUGAUCGUCAUGCUAUCAUGGACUUCAUUAGGAACCUCCCAGUGCGCAAGGUGUGUGGGAUAGGUAAGGUGAUGGCUCAGCAGCUGAAUGCCCUGGGGAUCACCACCUGUACACACCUGUAUGAACAAAGGGCCGUCCUGUCACUGCUCUUCUCACCUGUCAGCUCCUCCCACCUGCUGAGGGUAGCGCUGGGGCUGGGGGCCACAAGGAUAGAAAGAGAAUCUGAGAGAAAGAGUAUGAGUGUAGAGAGGACAUUUAGUGAGCUGAGCAAGCCGUCAGACUUGUACAGGAAGUGUUGGGAGUUGUGUGAGGCUCUGGCCAAGGAUCUACAGGACGAGGGGUUAAAGGGCCGUACAAUCACCAUCAAGCUGAAGACUGUGAACUUUGAUGUAAAGCAGAGAGGCCAGACUGUGCCCAGAGCUGUUUCCUCUAUGAAGGAGAUUUAUGAUGUGGCAGAGGAACUCCUGAAGAUGGAGAUACAACAAUGUCAGCCCCAACCACUCAGGCUCAGGCUCAUGGGUGUGAGAUUGUCCAACUUCCUGAAGGGCAAUCAGCAGCAAGACCAGAAGCAGGGGAGCAUCACAUCCUUCCUCAUCAAGCCCAGGCAGGAUGUACAUGUCAACAACUCUGAUUUGCAAGGACAAAAACAAGUCAAAGGGUCAAGUGGAGGUACAGCUGAUCCACCUCUGCCCUCUCUUGAUCCUGACCAGGAGAAAAAACCUGGAGAAGCUGAUGACCAUAAACUUUACGAUCUUCCAGAUCGUUCUGAAGAAGGCACAGACAGAAGCCUUGAGCAGCUACUUCCGUCAACAGGAAUCUUCAGUGAAAGAUAUGCAGAGCAGGACUGUUCUGAACAGGGCCGUCCCCUAGCAGGAAGGAGUAGUACUGAAGUUGCUUACACGUGCCCAGUGUGCAACAAACCCCAGCAACAAAAUCUCAGACUUUUUAAUGAACAUGUAGAUAUGUGUCUCGCCGGGGGAGGAAGUUUGGUGGAGGCAGAGGAAGAAAUGUCACCUAUGAGUGAGAACAGGGUUGAAGGAAAUAAACAAGAAAUGGGAGAGCAUGAUUUGGAAACUACAAGUGCACAAAUGACAGACACAGGUGUGGGGAGUGUGGAAUGUCCAGUCUGUGGUCAGCUCCAGCCAGGGGAACUGCUGACCUUCAACCAACAUGUGGACAUGUGUCUCAAUAGGGGGGCAAUCAAGGACAUCAUUAAGGAACAAGGUUGCUCAAAUAUUGAUGUCCAGAAGCCAUCAUGUAGUACAAUCUCUACAAACAAGGCAGCAAAAAGGUCUGCCUCGCACACAGGAUCUUCAGCAAAACGAAGGAAGCAGGAGAAGACAGCCACAAAGACAGCCACAUUGGACAGAUUCUUUGUUUGAGCAAGGCCACAAUCUACAUGUAUAUAAGGCAAUGUUGAUAUGAUAACUGGUACAUAGAUGACAUCUGGGUGUGCAUCAUUUUUUGCUGUUUUUCAAAAAAACAAAAGUUUCAACCACAAUGUAUAUUAUAGCAACUGCGAUGUGAAAGAACAAAAAUAAUGUGCUUACUAUACCAUACUCUGUGUGACAUUUGUUCUCCCUUUCUGACCGCUUAGAUUUCAUUACAAAGGCAACUUUUGGGGAGACAAACUUAACCUUUUUUUUUUAUUCGCACGCUUGCAUCAGUCCCCAGAGAAUGUCACACUUAUAAUCAAAUCAACCUAAUGUCCUGACCUAAUGUCUUUUGGUUUGAGAUGGUACAAAUGUAUACUUUUAAUCAAGGUUAAAGCUAUUUUAAAUCAAAAGGGCCUUUAUCAUUAUUAAAGCCAGUUGGAGUUAAAUUUGCAAAUUAAUUUUACAUAAGGUGACAUAAGGCAUUUAAUGUCGAUAAAAUACAGUACAGUAUUGUAAAUUAUGCACAUUAAAUGCCUUAUGUCACCUAUUGUCAAUACCAUAUGAUAUAGUGCUGCUAUAAAAUGGCAUCUGAGCCUUUCGCUAACCUUGCAGGAAGUUAAUAUAAUUUUGAUUGUUGCUGUUCUAUGAAGCUAAGGUGUAUUACUAAUACAAUUUCCAAAAUAUAUGUAUGUAUUGCAGUAACUGUAGGUAGCCAAGAAGUUAAUGUUAUAAUAUAUGUAAUAAAAAAAAGUAAUGUUAUAUAUUGAUUUUAAAAACUAUGCAAUUCUAUAUCAAUACAACAUCAUUUAUGAUGCAGCAAAUCCACCACAAAAUCAUAUUAUUAAGGUGUUAAUUCUUUUAUUGUAUGACAAUAAAAUAUCUAUCUUCAGAUGAAA